AUGGAUUCGACACCACACAACAUCAUCAUUAUUGGCGCAGGCAUAGCAGGUCUCGCGUCAGGGCUUGCUUUGAGGAGAGAACUCGCCCCAUUCGUCCCUGAUUUGGUGAUUACGAUUUACGAGAGACAUGAUAUUCUAUCCACAUCUGGAGGCGCUAUCAACUUGACUCCCGUUGCCCAGCGCCAUCUUGCCCAGCUGGGAGUUCUGGAUGAACUCGACCGCAUGGGGCCCGAGGCAGGGGCCGAAGUGGAUGCCAUCGAGCUCUACUCUAUGCGAUCCGGUCGCUCGAUUGGCUCAAUUGACUUCGUUGACCAGGAUGGCAAUGGAUUUGGAGGUUUCAAGGGAAGAAGAGUCAUGCGUAUCGCACUUUCCUUAGCCAUGCUGACCGUGGUGGAGAAGACACCCAACGUUAAUGUUGUUUUUGGGAAAAAGGUGGUUGGCGGAGAGGACCGUGAAAGGAAAGCCGUGGUACAUUUCCAAGACGGAUCUGAAGCGAUUGGAGAUCUGGUCAUUGGAUGUGAUGGUGUUUUCUCUGCGGUCCGCCGGUUUUUAGACCCCGAAUCUCCUUCCGAGUAUACCGGACUCUCAUUCUUACAAACCACCGUUCCUUCGAAAACCAUUUCCUCGCAAAUUCAUUUCCGUUCGUCCGCGAUGAAUCUGUCACGCCAUGGAUCCAUCCUGACAAGUUACUGCGACCAGAACGAGGAGCAGAUCUUUGUCUCUGCCAUUGUACAGUUCAGCCAUGAUAACUUAGGCAACCAUAAGCUUGAGCCGCACAAUCAAGAUCGGGCAACUCAAAACCGAAUUCGAACUGCUUUGCGGCAAAUAAUGCAAGAACGCUUCUCAAAGUCUUCAAUUCCUUGCCUCCGGGAGAUCGUAGCUAGCAAAGCCGACUGGAUGCUUUACCCCGUGUAUCAGGUCCGUCCCGGUGGACGAUGGUACAAGAAUCGUGUUAUUCUUCUGGGCGAUGCAGCUCAUGCGAUGCCUCCGCGCGAUGAAUCUGCCGCUUACGCGCUCGAUGAUGCUAUUCUCUUCGCACGAUUAUUGGCCCGUUAUCGAUCCGAGCCGCUGUCCGAGGUCUUCGAUGCGUAUGAGAGUCUUCGUCGCGACAAAAUCAAUCAGGCAUUCAAAGAGUCUGGGCGCAUGUGGGAUCGAAACCGAGAUAAGGGCGUCUUGGAGAGCCGACUUUCCACCCUUUUUAUGCCGUUCUACCUGCGGAGUCAUCGUGAAGAAAGAGAGGCCGCAUGGGUAUACGAUGCAGCCAAAAGUACCCUCCCGACCCCUGCUCCGAGUGACGAUCUAGUUAGCUUGCAUUCAUUUUUGAAAGAACACACUGUAUGA